GUGACACACAAUCGACCCACACAUGUCUUAUAAAGACACUACAUGCAAAGCAUUGUUUACUGAACUGGUGUCCAGCUUGAGCAAAUCCCAACUCAAUUUGUCUGCUACUGAUCAAGUGAUGUGAGAACUCCGCUGUGGUGUUUGCGAUGGCAAUUUAUCUCACUUUGAAUGCAGCACCUCAAAACGGAUCUUUGAGAGAUCAAUGCGGCCUCCCAUUUGCAUGUGUGGUGGAGCCAUUUGCGAGAUAUGAUGGGCCAUCGAUCAGCAACAAUUCAGACGCAGUCCUUGCAGAGGACAUCGGUCGUUGCGCUGAAUGCUAUGCGUAUGUCAACUACUGGUGUUCAUUCCAACAGAGGGCCUGGAUGUGCUCUCUCUGUGGGGCUUGCAAUGAAUAUGCCACCGUAAAGAACCAGAGGUAUGCAAGAAAGCCUCGAGAAUCCUGCCCAGAAGUCAAGCGGUCAUUAGUGGAGGUGGCAUGCUCUCUGGAUGCUACCUUGCCAGAGGACACAGAGGGCCCUGUAGAACAGGAGGUGACUCCCAUCUAUGUGGCUCUCGUGGACACCACGGGGGGCGAAGAGUAUCUGGAACUGGUGAAGAGCGCGCUGCUGGCUGCCCUUGAAGCCCUGCCCUCAUGCGCCCUCUUCGGCCUUGCCACCUACAAUGACCAGAUUGAACUUUACGACGUGGUGGGUGGCGUGACGUCCAUAAGGUCAGUGCCGAUACUGGAGUCCUAUGGCUCCCCUACAGCCCUGGAGCUGCAGGAUGGACUACCCCUGGGGGCAUUCCUGGCCCCGGUGGCCUCCUGCAAGGACGCCCUCGCGGCUGCACUGGAAACCCUCGAGCCAUAUGCAGGGGACGAGCGGAGGGAGGGGUGCCGCGGGUUUGGCAGUGCUCUGCAAGCGGUGCUGCGGUAUUUGGGCACCGGCCUUGGGGACGCGCAGGAGGGGUCGCGCGCCGAACGCAUUCACAGCAACGGCAGCGCUGGCGUCUCGGGGCGCCAUGAGCUGACCCCAGUGCCCUCACUGGGCAGAGCAGGAGCGCGGCUGAUGACAUUUCUUGGGGGUCCGCCCAACUAUGGCCGAGGCGCGGUGCUGGAACAAGACGUUCCUCAGACAUCUCCAGACCGCUCUCCGCAGCCCGUGCAUGAUGCGACCUUGCCGGACCUGAAUCCCUACUCCUACGUCCCCAUCUCCCAGGCCUCUGGCAGCGCUGCAAAGCCUGCAGUUGCGCACACGCACCACCAGAAUGGCACCAGCAACAGCGCUGAGCCCAGGUGGGUGAGGAGCGGGUCUGCGAAGGCGUUCUAUGAGGAGGCGGCCACGGCAGCGGCGGCGCUGGGCGUCUCUGUGGACGUGUAUGCUGUGUCGGCCGGCGGCUGCGGCCUGGAUGCACUUGAGCCGCUGGCCAGCCGCAGUGGCGGGGUCAUGUACCUGUACCCCCAUGUUGGCGCAGCCGCUCUCCCUCAGGACGUGUACCGGCGGCUGGCGGAGCCGUGCGCGCAGAAUGGCCUGCUGCGGCUGCGAACCUCCCCCGAGUACAGCGUGGUGCGCUCGUACGGCCACCUUUUCCCAGAUGACCGCUUCGACAAUCUCUGUCACGUCAUCGCAGCGGGGCCGAGCACCGCGUUCGCGUUCGAUUUUGACUUCACGAACGCCGGCGGCUUCAGCAGUGACCGGGGCUCCCCGCCCGUGCUGCAGAUGGCCUUCCAGUACUCCAUUGCUGUGCCAUCGUCAAAGGAUGGCAGCGGCGCAGAAGCCAACGAGAAUGCGAAGAGCCCUGCUCCUUCACGGUACGUGCUGCAGCGGCGGCUGCGCAUCCUGACGCUGCGCCUGGACGUGGCGAGGCUGCCGGCGCAGGUGUAUGCUGCGGUAGACGCAGACGCGAUCCUGCUGCUGCUCAUGCACAAGAUCGGCGCGGCCGCCGCAGCGCAGGGCAUGCCGGAGGGCCGCGCGCUGCUGCAGGACUGGCUCGUGCUCUUCACCGCCGCCUACAACCGCCACCUCAGCACCCCCCUCACCUCUGCAGAGCAGGCACGCAGCAUCUUUGCCGUGGAUGCAGAGUUUGCCGGGAGCGAGGCGCUGCAGCCGCUGCCGAGGCUGGUGUACGCGCUGCUGCGCUCCCCUCUGCUGACAGAGCUGAAGCAGCAGCACGCGGACCUGCGCACAGCCAUCUGCCACCUAUGGGCCAGCCUGCCUCCCCAGGAGCUGCGCACCGCCGUCUACCCGCUCCUAACCUCCUUCUCCAACCCCGACACCCUGGCAUACCCACGCCACUCGCUGAGCCGGGCAGCGUUGACAACCAGCGGCGUUCCCAUCUUCUUGCUCAACGCUUUCACCGAGGUCAUAGUCUACUACAUGGCCAGCACACCCCCAGAUCUACCCUUCCCACCCCCACAAACCUCCCUCCUGCGUCGCAAAGUCAACGCCGUGCGUGCGGCCCGGCGGCUGACGCCGCAGCUGCGCAUGCUGAGGGAGGGAGUCGAUGAGGUGGCGCCCUUCAUGCGCCACCUCAUCGAGGAGCCGGAGAUGGGUGCGGAUGGCAAGGUCGCCUUCCCAGGCAUGGUGCAAUUCCUGUAUGACGUGCAGACAGAGGUGUGGGAGUACCUGCAGGAGCAGGGGUAUGGAGAGCGGUAGCAGGGGCUGAAUCCCUCACCACAGCUGUGGUGAGGGAUUAAGCCAUUGUCAGCAGACCUGGAGAAAGUUCUAUACUAGUUCUAGCCGUCAAUGAGCAGAGCUUUCAACCAGAAGAAAAAGGCUGUGCGAACACCGUGCAUGUUGAGGGCUGAUUUCGCCAUAAACAUGCAGAUAGAAUAGUAAAUGAUUGUAUUCCUGGUCAAGCCCCGGCUGGCGGGGGGCGGUACUGCCCACGGUUGAUUGGGUCUUGCUUGGAUCUGGCGAGUCCAUCAAGGGGUAGGAUUUUGGCAGCCUUUACUGCAGCUUGUCUGCAGACGCACCUUGCUUCUGGCAGGAAAAGCGUGUAAUAAUAAUAAUAAU